AUGAGCCGGAUUCGAACCCGUGGCCGCUGCAGCGAGCUGCUAAUAAAACACCUGGACUCCGCCUACUCACUGACCGUCAGCACAGAUCAUCUAACAUUUGAUAUUGAUGCCAAUGGUAUCAUGAAUGUCUCUGCUGUAGACAAGAGCACUGGCAAGGAGAACAAGAUCACCAUCACUAAUGACAAGGGUCGUCUCAGCAAGGAGGACAUUGAACGCAUGGUCCAGGAAGCUGAGAAGUACAAGGCUGAAGACGAUGUCCAGCAUGACAAGGUGUCUGCUAAGAACAGCCUGGAGUCGUACGCUUUCAACAUGAAGUCGACUGUGGAGGAUGAAAAACUUGCUGGCAAGAUAAGUGAAGACGACAAGCACAAGUUACUAUUUACUAUUGUAAUAGCAUUGAAUACAUAA